AUGGCUACAACUAAUAGCGAUGCUGGUAUUCUAGAUGUUGCUCCAACAUUAGUGUCAAAACCUUUAUUAAAAUUAAAACUUUUAGAAUCAUUACGUCAAAACGAUUUUGAAAAAUUAAGAACUUUAUUAGAUACUCAGUUUAAUCCAUGGGAUAAUGCAGAUGUUCAGGAUGUUGCAAGCUUAUUAUUACAUUAUUCUGUUCAAGUUGCGCCAUUAUCAUUAAUAAAGGAAAUUGUUAAUAAAUGGGUGGAUCAAAUUGAAACUUCAAACAACUCUACAACAACAAAUAGUAACACUGGUAGAAAUAGUGAUAAAUUGGUAUUACAAUUAAAUUAUCAAGAUCAUAAUGGGAACACUCCUCUACAUUUAGCGGCAUUACAAUUACGAGUAGAUGUAGUGUCAUAUCUAUUAGAUCAACCUUCCAUAAAUGAUUGUGUAUUAAAUCAUGCACAUCUUCAACCGAUUCAAUUAUGCAAAAAUGUGAGCUUAGCUCAAAUCAUGCAGAUGAGAAGAUCCACGUAUGUGAUUGAAAUUGCUCAAGAAUUUAGAACUGCAUUCAACAAUAGGGAUUUCCAACAUUUGGAAUCUAUUUUAAGCAAACCAAGAAAUUUGGCAUUAUUAGAUAUAAAUGGUAUGGAUCCUGCCACAGGGGAUACUGUAUUACAUGAAUUUGUUAAAAAAAGAGAUGUUCAAAUGUGUGAGUGGUUAUUAUCACAUGGUGCUGAUCCAUUUAAAAGAGAUCGUUUUGGUAAAUUACCUACAGAAUUAUUAAGAAAUGUUUCUGAAAAGGAAAGAAAUACAGAUUCUAAAGCUGCUAUAGAGUAUGAAUUGAAAAAAUUAUUGGAUGAUGCAGUACAAGAACAAAGUAUUAUUGAUGUAACAAGUACAGUAAACCAAGCCCCUACUUUAAAGGGAUAUUUACAUAAAUGGACAAAUUUUGCACAAGGUUAUAAAUUAAGAUGGUUUGUUUUAAGUUCAGAUGGUACAUUAUCAUAUUAUAUUGAUCAAGAAGAUACAAGGAACGCGUGCCGUGGAUCAUUAAAUGUUUCUACAUGUUCAUUACAUUUAGAUUCUUCUGAAAAUUUGAAAUUUGAAAUUAUUGGAGGUAAUAAUGGUACGGUAAGUUGGCAUUUAAAGGGGAACCACCCCAUUGAAACAAAUAGAUGGGUUUGGGCUAUUCAAGGAUCUAUAAGAUAUGCUAAAGAUAGAGAAAAGAUGGAGAAUAGUAUAAGAAAUAAUGUUAUUCAUAGUCCUAGUCUUUCUAUGAGUAAUAAGUUUGAUAAUAUGGCUAGAUCCUUAUCAUCACAUUCUAUUCAAUCUCAAUUGGAAAAUUCUCAAAAUUUAAUGAUAUCAAAUAAUAAUGAUAAUAGUACUGCUACUAUAAGUCAUAAUAAUAAUAAUAGGAAAACAAGUUUAACUCAUUCUAUUCCAUCAAUUCGUCAAUUAUCACCUGAAAAAAUUAUGAAAAAUCAAAAUGAUAAGAAUAAUACGGUGUAUAACGAGUCUCAAUCGGAUAAAGUUCCAUUAUUAUUAAUUGAUAAUGAAAAUAAUGAAAAUAAUUAUGAUAAUCGUGAUGAUAAUAAUACCCCACCAAGAACUCCGAUUUCUAAUGUUGGACAAUUUUCUCAUAUUUUAGAAGAUAUAAGGACAUCAGCUACAAUAAAAUCUAAACGUAAUAAAAAAUAUACAUUAGACGGAGAGGAUAAUAUUUCUGAACAUUCAGAUGACGAUGAUGAUGAGACUGAAAGUAUAAUAAUGCCCAACGAUGAGAUGCAAGGUAAUAAUUUUAAAGAGAAAAAUGAUACUGAAUCACAAAAAUUAAAUAUUUUACAACGAACCAUUUCCAUGCAAUUAUCAUUAUUGACCGAUUUAUUAAAGGAUAAAAGUAAAGCCACUGUUGAUACUUGGGCCACAGUGGAUGGAUCAUUAAUGACGAUAUCGUCAUGUUUUAAAGAAUUGAAAACAUUGGUCACUGAAAGAGAUCGGAAUUUUUUAUCAUUAAUUAAUAAGCAAUUGGAUGUUAAUGAAGUUUGGAUCCAGUCAGUCAAAGAUUUAGAAGAAGAAUUGAUUAAUAAGAGUGAGAGAUUAGCUAAAUUGGAAAAUGAAAGGAGAGAUUUAAGGAAAUUGAUUAACAAGACUGUUGGUGUGGGUGUGGGGAUUGGUGGUGGUGGUGACUCUGGGGUAAAUAAUACACAUGGAGAAAAUGUGGUGGAAAGAAGUAGUUCUACAUCAUUGUUGAGUGGGAUGGAAGAGGAAAGUGGUACUAAAGAAGCUAUUAAUCAAGUUGCUAAAUUGAUUGAGGCUACUAAAUUGGAAGAUGAAGAAUCAGAUACUGAUGAAUUUUUCGAUGCAGAAGAUUUGGAUGAAGAACAAGAGAGUGCAGGUGAAGAUGGAAGUUUACUUGGUACCGGAUUGAAACUUGACGAUUCGAAAAUGGUGUCUACUGUGGAAGCAGUGGAGGAGGAGAAUGAAGAAGGAGAAGGAGAAGGAGAAGGAGAAGGAGAAGUAGAAGGAGAAGGAGAAGGAGAAACUUGUAGUAAUGAAUAUCACACUAUCAAUCCUCAAACACAAUUACAAAAAGACAAAGAAUUGGAAAUGUUGGAAGAUAAAACAUUUUCUGGGUAUGAAGAUGGGAUCCGUCAUAAAUUAAGUCUUGAUGAAGAUAAUAGGCCUGUUGCCAGUUUAUGGUCAGUAUUAAAAUCGAUGGUGGGUAAAGAUAUUACCAAGAUUGCAUUACCUGUUUCGUUUAACGAACCAACAUCAUUGUUACAAAGAGUCACUGAAGAUUUGGAAUAUUCAGAAUUAUUGGAUCAAGCAGCAAGUUUUGAAGAUUCGAGUUUGAGAAUGCUUUACGUGGCGGUUUUUUCGUUAGCUGCAUAUUCUUCAACACCUAAUCGUGUUGCUAAACCUUUCAAUCCAUUAUUGGGAGAAACUUUUGAAUAUUGUCGUAGUGAUAAACAUUUCCGAUUUCUAUCAGAACAAGUUUCACAUCAUCCACCCAUUACGGCGUUUUGGUCUGAAUCACCCAAAUGGGAAUAUUGGGGGGAAUCAUUUAUUAAAUCUAAUUUCAAUGGGCGUGCGUUUAAAUUUAACCAUAUGGGUAUGUGGCAUAUCAAGAUCCGUCCUGAUUAUGGGGGAGAAGUAGGGGAAGAGAUUUAUACAUGGAUGAAACCUGAAAAUACCUUGGUGGGUAUUCUUAUUGGUAAACCAGAGAUAGAUUGUAGUGGGGAAGUCAAGAUAACUAAUCAUUCUACGGGUGAUUAUUGUCUAUUGAAUUAUAAAGCUCGUGGCUGGAGAGCCAAUGAUGCAUAUGAAGUUCGAGGAGAAGUAUUUAAUGUGAAUGAUGAGAAAAAAUGGAUGUUUGGAGGACAUUGGAAUGAUUGUAUCUAUGGUAAACGUGAAGGAGGGGGUGAGAAGUUUUUGAUAUGGAAAGUGAAACCAAGACCUGUGGGGCCAUUUAAUUUGACAUCGUAUGCUAUCAGUUUAAACAAUAUCAAUGAGAAUUUGAAACAAUGGAUUGCUCCAACCGAUAGUCGAUUAAGGCCUGAUCAAAGAGCUAUGGAAGAUGGAGAGUAUGAUUUAGCCGCGGAUGAGAAAUUCCGGUUAGAAACCAAACAAAGAGAAGUACGUAAGAAACGGGAAGAAAAUGAUGAGAAAUAUGAACCUCGAUGGUUUGUUAAGGAUGUCCAUCCUGCGACACAACGGUCGUAUUGGAGAUUUAAGAACGAAUAUUGGAAACGUCGUAAGACUCAUGAUUUCCACGAUUGUGCUGCUCUGUUCUAG